GGAUUUUGGAAAUCAAGGGUUGUGGCUGAGGGGGUGACAUAACAGGAAUUCCUUAAUAUGAGUGAUGAUAAACCUUUCCAAUGUACUGCUCCUGGGUGUGGACAGAGAUUUACAAAUGAGGAUCACUUGGCUGUCCACAAACACAAACAUGAGAUGACCCUGAAGUUUGGCCCAGCGAGGAAUGACAGUGUCAUCAUUGCUGACCAAACCCCUACACCUACCCGCUUUUUGAAGAACUGUGAGGAAGUCGGACUCUUUAAUGAACUUGCAAGUCCGUUCGACCACGACUUCAAAAAAGCAACUGAAGAUGACAUUAAAAAGUUACCAUUGGAUUUGUCCCCUCUUGCAACGCCUAUCAUACGCAACAAAAUUGAGGAACCCACACCUUUGGAGGCACAUCGAGAUAGCCCUCUGCCUCACCCCGAAUCUACUACGAAUGAUGACAAGGACUUAUCCUUGCAGCCAGCCUCACUGCCAACAUCCACUAUAGUCCAUCCUGCAUCCCUCCAAGUUCCCAAUGUACUUCUAGCAACCUCAGAGGCUAAUGUUGUAAUACAGCAAGCUCUCCCAUCACCAACAUCUAGCUCUGUUAUUACCCAAGUCCCAUCCACUAAUAGGCCUAUAGUCCCGGUGUCUGGCACCUUCCCUGUGCUCUUACAGCUGCCUAACGGCCAGACCAUGCCAGUUGCUAUACCUGCGUCUAUUACAAGCUCAAGUGUACAUAUUCCGACUACAAUCCCUCUUGUCAGACCUGUCACCGUAGUGCCUAAUGUCCCCGGGAUCCCAGGACCUCCUUCGCCACAGCCGCAGCCCGUCCAAUCAGAAGCAAAGCUGAAACUGAAAGCCACAUUAGGCCAGCAGCUUCCUCAGGUAACCAACGGAGAUGGUGGUGAAGUCCAGAGCAGCGCUGUAACCCACACUGCUGCUCCCACUUCUCCUGCUCCGACCCCGACCCCAACACCAACACCAGCCCCGGCUGCGGUCCUAACUCCUGCUCCCACUCCUCAUCUGCCCACAGCUGAGGAACCCUCUCCCCAUUCACUUCAGCAGCCAGCCACCUCCACCACAGAGACACCUGCUUCCCCAGUGCCCCCUGCGCAGAACCCUCCCAGCACAGGGGGGCGGCGGCGCAGAACCACAAGCGAAGACCCAGAUGAGAAGCGGCGCAAGUUCCUGGAGCGAAACAGGGCUGCAGCCUCUCGCUGUAGGCAGAAGAGGAAAGUGUGGGUCCAGUCUCUGGAGAAGAAGGCUGAGGACCUCAGCUCCCUGAACGGACAACUACAGAGUGAAGUCACCCUGCUGCGAAACGAAGUGGCUCAGCUGAAGCAGCUUCUUCUGGCUCAUAAAGAUUGCCCUGUAACCGCCAUGCAGAAGAAAUCUGGCUAUCACAUUGAGCUACUCCACAAUCCUUCCACGUACCCCCUGGCAACUGCAUACUUCUCUGACAAAGACGAGAGCUGCGAGGAGAUGUCUGUCCCCAGCAGCCCCCAGAAUGAGGCCAUCCAGCACAGCUCCGUCAGCACCUCCAACGGGGUCAGCUCCUCCUCCUCCUCCUCUUCCUCAGCGACCCCGGCCGCCUCCGCCCCGUCCAGCGCUGCCGCCACCACCACCACCACGUCAAACCAGAGCACAGAGGAGAGCCAGCCGCGGAGGGGCGCCGCCCAGUCUCAGCCUUCAGGGAGCUGAUCCCAAACUGUGCCCGAGCGUCGACACUGGAGCGCUGUCGCCUCCUCGGUCUCUCUGACACACGGAGGAAAGGGAUCGUCUCUCCGCUUCAGUCUGGACCGCACUGUUUUUAAUUUAUUCUUGUUUGGUUUGUUUAUGUUCGUAGGCAAUGCUUUUGAAAAUGCAAAUGUUUUCUCUGGAAUCGAUGAAGACAAAAGAACAGGCACUUUAGGUGUAAGAUGUUAAACACGUGGUUCUAAACUGUUUUUGUAUUUGUGUGACUUAUUUAUUAAUCUUCUAUAUUUUUUUAUUUGAAAGCGACCAGCCUGGAGGUUGAAGUGAAUUGUUAGAGACCAUACCAAAGUGUGUUGUGGCUCAUUUCUAAUUAGUUGGUUGUUUGUUUUCAUGUCUUUUAUAAGCACUAUCUUUAUGGCGAAGUUACAUAAGGAGCAGUCACUUUGUUUCUUUACUUUUUCCAUUUUGCACAUAGAAAAGAGUGUCGGUGUGAAGCUCUGAUGAGAGCUGACGGGUUUUGGCAGUCCACAUGUUAAGUACCGGCAGCUUUUUAGAAGUAGAUUUGAAUACUGUCACAUUACACAAAUGAAAAUGGCUGAAGCAGAUUUUGAAUUUGGCAACUUUUUCUGUCAGAUCAGCUGUAGUCGCAUCGUGCAGUUUGAAUGUUUGUAAAAAAAAAAAAAAAUAAUAAUAAUAAAAUAAAUCGUCUUAAGGAGGUGAGCUGAUUAGAAAUGUGUGUGAUUU